AUCAGACAGGUAGAGAAGACAGAUUAGAGGUAGAAAGAGAGAGAGAGAUAGCUAUUUUUGCUAUUUUUUCAAAUGCUGGGUACGUAAUACCAUUUGCUUAGCAUGAUUCUUUCCCUACCUUGCUAAACUAUACACUGAAAGAAGGCAUACAUCAAUGGCGAAAGGUUUUGGGGAGACGACUUUGACUUUGCCGUUAGAGUUGAAGUUGGCCCCCCACUGAAAAAUCUGGCUCCGCCCCUGUAGAGAAGCCUCACAAAACGAUGGAGGAAGCGUCUUUGCAUGAGGGUUUUCCCCCAGAAAAUCUGAAGCAAUUGCUGAUCGCAUGUGCUAAAGCUCUCUCCAACAACAGCAUCGAUGUAUUUGAUAGGUUGAUUGAAAAGGCUAGAGAUGCUGUGUCUAUCACAGGAGAACCAAUCCAGCGUCUUGGUGCUUACAUGGUAGAAGGGCUGGUGGCAAGAAAGGAGGCAUCGGGCUCCAGCAUUUACCAAGCCCUCAACUGUAGAGAGCCUGAAAGCAAAGACUUGCUUUCGUACAUGCAUAUCCUGUAUGAAAUCUGCCCCUACUUAAAAUUUGGUUACAUGGCAGCCAAUGGGGCUAUUGCGGAUGCAUGCAAAAACGAGGACCGCAUCCACAUCAUAGACUUUCAGAUUGCUCAGGGAUCCCAGUGGGUGACUCUCCUUGAAGCGCUUGCCGCACAACCUGGAGGGCCUCCCCAUGUGCGGCUUACAGGGAUUGAUGACCCUGUUUCCAAAUAUGCCCGUGGAGAUGGGCUGGAGGCGGUAGGGAGACGGUUGGGAGCAAUUUCUGAGAAAUUUAACAUCCCAGUUGAGUUUCAUGGACUGCCAGUUUUUUCUCCAGAUGUUACGCGGGAUAUGCUUAAUGUCAGGCCUGGGGAAGCUCUGGCUGUAAACUUCCCUUUGCAGCUCCACCACACCCCAGACGAGAGUGUCGAAGUGCAAAAUCCGAGGGAUGGGCUUCUGAGAAUGGUAAAGUCACUCUCUCCCAAGGUGGUCACUUUGGUGGAGCAAGAAUCAAACACAAACACAGCCCCAUUCUUCCGUAGGUUUGUAGAAACUCUAGACUACUACUUGGCAAUGUUCGAGUCUAUUGAUGUCACCCUGCCAAGAAACAACAAGGAUCGUAUAAAUUUGGAGCAGCAUUGUGUGGCCAGGGAUAUUGUGAAUGUCAUUGCUUGCGAGGGGAAGGAGAGGGUGGAGCGCCACGAACUCUUCGGCAAAUGGAAGUCCAGAUUGACAAUGGCGGGGUUCGGCCAAUAUCCUCUGAGCUCUUAUGUCAACGGCGUGAUAAAGAGCCUGCUGAGGUGCUAUUCAGAACAUUAUAUGCUAGUGGAGAAGGAUGGGGCUAUGCUGUUGGGCUGGAAGGACAGGAACCUCAUCUCGGCUUCUGCCUGGCAAUGAUCAAUAGAGGUGGUGGCCACACAAAUAAACACUUCUUGCCACCUGCUGCAGUGCAGAAGGUGAUAAUGCUCUUAACAUCAGCCAAUGGACACAUUAAAUAAUCUUGGGUAUCAUUGCCAGGCGAUCCAAUGGCUUACGUUCCUUAUCAUCUAAUGUUCAGAUACCAGUGAUACCACCGAGGCUCUCGCCACUUUUCUUUGAUAGAUAUUCCUCACCAAUGUUGUUCUAUAGAUAUUUUGCUGUAUGUUAGAGUCGAAGCAUAUGUCAGUAAGUAUGUGAGGAUUAUGAGAUAAAGAUCAAAUUUCAAUCACAGUGUACAUAAUCAUUUAACUCGAUCAGUAAAUUAAAUUCAGCCCAAAUUAACAAA